AUGAAGGUAUUUGUCAGGGGUUUUAAUCUGUACAAUCAAUUAAAUUCAAGGGAACAUGUGCUAAACAACUUCAGCCCCUCCAUCAAAAUAAAUGAUGCGGAAAGUUGUUUUAAGAUAGGUCACACAUUUUCAUUAAUUUACAGUAACAACCUUUUGAGAUUUUAUGGAAAAGCAAUGCCAAAAUAUUUGGACAGCAAAAAAUUAGAAAAUAUACUAAAUGUUUCAUGUAAUGACAACUUCAUUGUAUUGUUAAACAGUGAGGGCAAAAUGUUAAAAAUAGCAGUAGAUGAACCUCAGUUGAUUACUGAAAUACCAAAGUUUUGGAAUGAUGAGGAUAAAAUAAAACUUAUAAGUGUGGGUGAAACAAUGACAGUGGCUGUCACAGAGCUUGGAAAUAUAUAUACCAUAUCUGAACAACUGGAUUUUCGGAACCAAAAUAUUAAAGUUCUUAAAACUGGAAGAGAACAUUGCAUACUUCUAGAUGAUUAUGGUAAUGUUUAUUCAUUUGGCAGAGGAAGUCGAGGUCAACUUGGUCAUGGGACCUUAGAUGAUGAAAAGUCUCCUAAAUUAAUUAAUGCAUUGGCGGGCAUAAAAAUCAAAAAUAUUGCAGUUGGAGGGUGGCACUCUUUUGCAUUGAGUGUUGAUGGAGACUUGUACUGCUGGGGCUGGAAUGGUAAUGGGCAGCUUGGACUGUUUUCUGAUCCCAAUAGUCAAACAUUUAUGUCUGUUAUGGCUACACCAACAGUAGUUCAUAUCAAUCAUGGAGGUUCCGAACCCAAUGUCUUGAAAGUUGCUUGCGGGAGUCGACAUACCAUAGCAUUACUUGAUGACAACAAAAUACAUGGGUGUGGUUGGAACAAGUACAAACAGCUUACCGCUACAGAUGUAGAAAACUAUUACUCUUUUAUAUGUCUUCAUGACUUUUCAAACGAAAAAGUGUUAACACUAAUUUGCGGGCCAUGGUGUUCUGCCGUCUGCUGUGAAUAAGCUAAAAAAUGUCCUUUCAAUAGACUAGCUUAUUUUUAGAUAGUUGAUAAAUUUGUUUUCAAAUGUCUGUGAUAAAAUAUAAAAAAAUAACUUGUUAUAAUAAGUAAUUUUUUUCCCAUUAUAAACAGUGCAUAAUAAUAUUCGUUUUUCUCCAUAUGGGACAGGCAGCUAGAGUUGUGGUCAUUUUUUUUUGUGUAAAUUAAUCCUAUGUAUUCUAUUCGAGAAUUUCUUGAAGAGGGUUAGGAGUAAAUUGGAAAUAAACUAAUGAUAGAUAAUACUCUACAUUUGCAAGAUGUUACUUAAAAGAUUUUUAUCGAAUUUGGUCAAUUGAAACUACACAUUAUUAUUAAAUAAUGAUAGGAAACACCCUACAAUUGCUAGAAGUUAUUUAAGACAUUUUGAUCGAAUUUAACUACUCAAUUAAGAAGUUAUCAAUUGACACUACAGCCCAGCUACCUAAAUUACUCAAAAGUUGAUCCAAUCCAAUGAUAUUCGCUGGUUUGCAAAAAUGUACCCGAAAAUUAACGGUCGUAUAAAAAGUACAGUAUGCAAUACGUUUGGUAAACUUUUUAAGUCGCUCGUGUUCCAAAUGCCGUUUACCACACUUGUCACAUAAUAUACUGUUGUCGUCAGGUUUUAAACGUAUUCUGAACCAAAAUAUGUCCAUGAAACUUAUCUACAGCAGUACCAGACAAUUAAAUAAUAACCAACAUUAAAUAGCCUUUCUUCCAAAGAAACUUCCACAGGCUACUGUAAUACUAUUUUCCUACUCCCUUCUGUAAAAUACCUAAAAUACAGC